UUGGUGAAUGGCGUAGCGCGGCGGCCGCUGCGGAGGAGGAGGCGCCCCAGCGGUUUGGUACCGAGCGGAGAGGGAGAUGCACACGGCACUCGAGUGAGGAAUCAGAGAUGAAGGUACACAUGCACACAAAAUUUUGCCUCAUUUGUUUGCUGACAUUUAUCUUUCAUCAAUGCAACCAUUGCCAUGAAGAUGGCCAUGACCCUAAAGAGAGCCAUGUACACAACCAUAAUGACAGUCAGAUCUCGGAGGCACCAUAUCUCCAGAAUGGAGGAGCAGAAUCCUCACCAAGUAAACUUUCAGUGCUGGAAGCUGAAAAUGAACAAAAAUACUACAUUGAAAAACUUUUUGACCAUUAUGGUCAAAAUGGAAGAUUGUCAUUUUUUGGUCUUGAAAAACUGCUAACAAGCCUUGGUCUUGGAGAGUUAAAAGUAGUGGAGAUUAAUCAUGAGGAUAUUGGCCAUGAUCAUGUUUCCCACUUGGAUGCUUUAGACGUACAAGAAGGAAAGCAUUCUCAUUCUCAUAACCAUCCUCAUUCUCGUAGCCACUCAGGUCCAGAAAACCAAACUGUGAAUGGUGUAUCUACAAAGAGAAACCAUAAAUGUGACCCUGAAAAAGACACAAUAGAGUCAUCGGUGAAACCUGCCAUUAAGCGUGUUCGUGACAACAAUCGUCGCCGCCACCACCAUCAGCAUCAUCAUCAUCAUCACCUUGACCAUAAUGGUACUCAUCAUACUCAUAAUGAUUCAGUCAGUCAGAGUGAACAUGGAGACCCGAGCCAUGAACCUUCAACAGAGACAAACACUACCCAAGAACAACCUGAGAGAAAACUACAGACACACAUGAACAGGCAAAAGGGAAAGAAAUUCAGUGAGACGUUAGUAGAUACUGCACAAGAUGCUCAAGACCAUGAUCCAGGUGGUCAAUAUGAGCACAAUCAUGUUGAUAAACAUGAUCAUGUACACGAUGCAUCUCACUCACAUGUACGCAUUCACAAACGCCAUAAUGACCAGGCCACCGGUCAUAGACACCAAGAUCCUACUCCUGGUAACGAGGAUCGCCAUACCAGCAAGCGUGAAGCUCCUCAUAAACAGAUUAGUGUAAGAAACCAGGCCACCAGUCAUAGACACCAAGAUCCUACUCCUGGUAACGAGGAUCGCCAUACCAGCAAGCGUGAAGCUCCUCAGAAACAGAUUAGUGUAAGAAACAUCUUUUCAACACAUAGUCACAAGGAUCACAGUGAGGAUGAACAUCAACAUGAAGAGUGUUUAAAUGUCACUCAACUACUGCGGUACUAUGGUCUUGGAACCAACUCUCCAAUAUCUCCUGACUUGUUUACGUACCUGUGCCCUGCAUUACUGUAUCAGAUUGACAGAAGACUUUGUAUUGAGCAUUAUGAUAAUUUGCUGGUUGAAGACUUGAAGAAAGAUAAAAGUGAAGCAGCUACGAAUAAAGAUAAAAUAGGUGCAUCAGCCUGGCUUUGUGGUAUCAUUUCUAUCACUGUCAUUAGCCUGCUCUCCUUGUUAGGCGUGAUCUUGAUACCUAUCAUUAACCAAGGGUGCUUCAAAUUCCUUCUAACCUUCCUGGUUGCUCUGGCCGUUGGAACACUGAGUGGAGAUGCACUACUCCAUCUGUUGCCACAUUCGCAAGGAGGCCAUAACCACAGUCACCACGAGGACCACGGUCAUAUUCACGAACACAGGCAUUCUCAUGGACAUUCCCAUGGGCAUGGAACAGGAAAUGAAAGCUUUCUGGAAAAAUACGAUGCAGUAUUGAAAGGGCUCGUAGCUGUUGCCGGCAUUUAUCUUUUGUUCAUCAUUGAGCACUGUAUAAGAAUGUUUAAGCACUACAACAAACAAAAGUUUUGUUACAAACUAGGCACUGACAGUUAUCUGUUUCAGUCUAACCAGAAGUGGUGCAAGAAAAAACAGAAGACUGAAGAAUCACCAAUUGGAAGGAAGCUUUCAGAACACAAACUGAAUAAUAGGCCAAAUGCUGACUGGCUUCAGCUCAAACCUCUGGCAGGUGCCGAUGACUCAGUUGUAUCUGAAGAUCGAUUUAAUGAAACUGAACUAACUGAUCUAGAUGGCCAGUUGGAAUCCCCUCCUAAAAACUUUCUGUCUGUAGAAGAUGGAAACCACAUGCACCAUACUUACAAUGACGUUUCUCACUCUGUUCACGACCAUGAUCUUCAUGAUACAGAGUAUGAUGACAACCAUGGAGGGGAUAAAAUAGCUAGGAAACACAACCAUCACUGGCAUCACAAACAUUCCCAUCAUUCCCAUGGUCACUGCCAUUCUGGAAAGGACCUGAAAGAUACUGGAAUUGCUAAUAUAGCUUGGAUGGUAAUUAUGGGAGAUGGCAUCCACAAUUUUAGCGAUGGUUUAGCAAUAGGAGCAGCUUUUAGUGCCGGAUUGACAGGAGGAAUUAGUACAUCUGUAGCAGUGUUUUGUCAUGAGCUUCCCCAUGAAUUAGGUGAUUUUGCCGUGCUGCUUAAAGCAGGUAUGACAGUAAAGCAAGCCAUUGUGUACAACCUCCUGUCUGCUAUGAUGGCUUACGUAGGGAUGCUGAUAGGCACAGCUGUUGGACAAUAUGCCAAUAACAUCACUUUAUGGAUCUUUGCAGUCACCGCGGGCAUGUUCCUUUAUGUCGCAUUGGUAGAUAUGCUUCCAGAAAUGCUUCAUGGAGAUGGUGAUAAUGAAGAACAUGGAUAUUGUCCAGUGGGGCAAUUCAUUCUCCAGAAUUUAGGCUUGCUCCUUGGAUUUGCUAUCAUGCUGGUGAUUGCACUGUAUGAAGAUAAAAUUGUGUUUGACAUCCAGUUUUGACCAUUUCCAGAAAUUGCUGUGGUUACGAUGUUACUGUAUGGCUUUGAGUCUGCACUGUUGUACUGUAUGCACAUUGCUCAGAGAAAAGGCAGUGGCUUGCACUACUACACAAGUACAGUCUAUUUGUUUCCACAUAGAUUAACUUUUGCUGCUUGCUAACUAAAAUAAGACAUGGUGCACAUACUGCACCUUCCAAAUUCAAGUGACAGAACUUAAGUAGGAAAUGUUGCAUAUGAAAAGACAACGUUGUGUGUGCUGCACAUGAAGCAUUGUGCAACUGUUUACAAAUCAGCAGGCAGCGAAAGACCUAGUCUGUUCAGGAAAUGUCUUUUCACAUUACAGUUAAACACAAUCCACAAAACAUUAAAGGUGAAAUCCAUUCCUCUGCAAUGGGCCUGCACAAAGUCUAUGUGCUGUGUAAUUCCCACAUAAGGCUUACAUGCCACGUAUACCUCAUGCUAGCCCUCUGCACAAUGGUGGAUGUUACCCUAAGACAAUUAAAUGCUACACUUAGCACCUGACUGGAAAAACUGUGCUUUUUUUGAACUUAAAAAAAAAAAUCUGUUUAAAACACCUUGGUACACAUUAAACUGCAUUUCAUCAUUCUAAAGUUCGUGUUUAAGGAGGCAGACUGUUGCAAUAUGCACAGGUCUGUGUAAUCGCCUGCGAAGAGCUAUAUUCCAUUGAGAAUCAGUUUUCCUGAUUAAGAUUUAUUUGAUGUUAGCUCCUUGCUAUUGGUAGGAAAAUGAAGUAGCGUUAGUAUUAACUUGGGGAAGUCCCUGAUGUCAGAAGGUUAAUGGGCUAUUCCUGAGUCUUUGCUUGAGAAACUAAACAUUGGGUGCCACUUACAACCUAAACUACUGAUGAAUUGUGGCUGUGAGUUUGUGCAAACGCACCUCUAACAAAGGAUCCAUAAUGGAAUUUCUCAGUUUUAACAGUUCAAUUUAUUUUGGGAUUCAAAUUUUUUCUCCUUUUUACAGUAAUAUCUUCUGAAAUCCAAUGUACUGAACCCAGAUACAAAGAUUAUAAAAAUAAUGCCCUGUA